AUGCCUCACGCCGACUCCUCCUACUUUUUCCCUGGUUCUUCCAAGGCCGACAUCUACGAGCAGGUCUUAUCACAAGCAAAGGGUCUCCUUGACGGACAACGCAAUUGGGUCAGCAACCUCUCCAACGUCUCCUCCCUCCUCUGGCACGCCUAUGCCGCCCUCCCCUCCCCUUCCUCCGCCGUCAACUGGGCCGGCUUCUACAUCCGUGAUGAUAAAUUCCCCGCUCUUGCCUCCCCAGUCUCCUCCCCACCAUUGCCAGGCAGCGAUGGUAUCCCCGGUGUAACCAUUUCCACCACAUACGCCUCUCCCGAGAACCAAGUCCUGCUUCUGGGUCCCUUCCACGGAAAACCAGCUUGUCAGCAGAUUAGUUUCGGAAAGGGUGUCUGCGGCACAGCGGCUGCUAGUCAGCAGACUGUUGUCGUACCGGAUGUUCAUGAGUUCCCGGGCCACAUUGCAUGCGAUGCGGAUAGUCGUAGUGAGAUUGUGGUUCCUAUUCUUGUUCGAGGCGAGACCGUCGCUAUUAUUGAUAUCGAUUGUACCCUCCCUUCUGGGUUUGAUGAGGUCGAUAAGAAAUACCUGGAGCAGCUGGCUGAGAUCCUGGCUGAGAGCUGUGAUUGGUAA